AUGGCCAGCCUCGUGCACCAGGCGGCGCCGACGAUGCCGGCCGCGGCGGCGUGCAGCGACGACGACUUCAUGCCGCAGAGCUUCGGCUGCUUCGGGCGGUCGCUGUCGAGGGCGUCGUCCAGUCGGCGGCUGGAGUACCGAUCGCUGAGCGGCGAGGGCGCCGACGAGAUGAGGCGCAUCGCGCAGGAGCGGUCGGCGAGGGCGAAGCUGCGGUGGAAGGCGGUGGCGCAGGAGAUCAUCGCGAGGAGGAGGGGCAGCGGCGGCAAUGGAGGGCCCGGAGCACGGAGGAGAAAGGCGGGGCAGCCGGCGUUCAGCUACGACUCCAAGAGCUACGCGCUCAACUUCGACCAAGGCUCCGCCGAGUAG